AUGGAGAGGAAAGUUCUUUGGCAUAGUCUUAUAAAUAAAUCCCAUAUGAUGCAAAACUCCCCUUGGAUUAUAUUGGGCGAUUUUAAUGCUAUAAAACACCCUCAAGAAAAGGUUGGUGGGGCAACUUGGGGUAAUUACUACUGUGAUGACCUUAGAAAUUGCAUGAGGGAUGCUGAAUUGGAUGACCUAAGAUUCAUGGGUCAUCUCCUAACUUGGAGCAAUUGUAGUGAAGGUGAGAGAAGGAUUGCAUGCAAAUUAGAUAGGGCUCUUAUUAAUGAUUAUUGGAAGGAUAUAUUCCCAAAUGCUAUGGCUCAUUUCCUCAACCCCUCUAUAUCCGAUCACUCUUCUUGCAUGGUAAGAAUGGGAACCAUAAAAGACUGUAGAAAAGUUCCUUUUAAGUUCUUUAAUAUGUGGACACACCAUGAAAACUUUCUUGACAUUGUUGCUGAAGUUUGGAACCAAGAAGCUCAAGGCAGCCCCGUGUUCAAGGUGAUAAGCAAACUCAAAAAGCUGAAAGUUGAGUUAAAAAAGUUCAAUAAGGAGUCUUUUGGCCACAUAUCCGAAAGAGUAUUAGAAGCUAUAAGGCAACUUGAAAACAUCCAAGAGCCUCUCCGGAUAAACCUUUUGGAUGAGGAACUUGCUCGAGCGGAAAAAUUUAGUUUAGAAUCCUAUAGAUCCCUCUUAUUAGCUGAGGAAUCCUUAGCUAGACAAAAAUCAAAAGUUCAUUGGCUAAAAGAGGGUGAUCAAAAUACAAAGUUCUUCUUCAAGAGCAUCAAAGAUAGAAGGAAUAGGAACUCCAUCUAUGGGAUCCAAAGGGAGAAUGGAUCUCUUGUACACAACAUGGAGGAGGUCAAGGAGGAAUUUGUGGAACACUUCAAAUCUGUCCUUAAUGGAAAUGAGCAUUCUAAUGUGGAUCUUGAGAAGCUCAAAAAGUUAUCAAAUUCCGGCUUGGAUGUGAGGAAAAGGAUAUGCUCAUAA